AUGUCGGCAUUGGAAAGGUUAAAACAACUGGAACGUCUCUAUUUGUGUGGUGCGCCAUACGAAUCGUCAUUAUCAUUGGAGACGUUGUUGGAUUCCUUAGUCUGUCUGUACGAUGAGUGCUGUAGCUCAACGUUGCGACGAGAGAAAUCUAUCGCGGAAUUCGUGGACUAUGGUAAGUAUUUAUUACUGUGUUUUUGAAAUUUUAGGUAACCGAAGUUUGAUUUUGGAGGUAAUGAUGGAUUUUUAAAUAAAUCUGACGUCUUGAAGAUUAAGUUUUGAGUUGCUUAAGUAAAAUUUAUUUUAUUUUCAGCAAGACCAACUGUAAGUCAAGUAAAAGCUCUGAGGUUAUCGAGAGAUGACUUUGAUGUGCUUAAAGUUAUCGGUAGAGGCUCAUUUGGUGAAGUUGCUGUUGUAAAGUUAAAAAACACAGAUAAGGUAAGAACUUAUUUUGAAACAUCAAAGAAAAGAGAAUGAAAUACUUAACGAUUUAUGACUAUAAACUAAAACUUUAGGUAUAUGCAAUGAAGAUUCUUAACAAAUGGGAAAUGUUAAAACGUGCCGAAACCGCGUGCUUCAAAGAAGAACGUGAUGUGAUGGUAUUUGGGGACAGACAAUGGAUAACAAAUAUUCACUUCGCCUUUCAAGACGAGAAGAACCUGUAUUUAGUUAUGGAAUAUUAUGUUGGCGGAGAUCUACUAACCUUAUUAUCAAAGUUCGAAGUCCGACUUCCAGAAUCCAUGACUCGCUUCUACGCGGCCGAAAUGAUUUUGGCCAUAGACUCGGUUCAUCGUCUCGGCUACGUACAUCGUGACAUAAAGCCGGAUAACAUUCUCCUCGACCGGUCGGGUCAUAUUAAACUGGGCGAUUUUGGAAGUUGUCUUAAAAGGCUUGAGGAUGGUACGGUUAGAGCCACAACGGCAGUAGGUACACCUGAUUACAUAUCGCCGGAGACGUUGAGGGCCGUGGAGAGUGGACACGAGACGUAUGGAGCCGAAUGUGAUUGGUGGUCGUUGGGGAUCUGUAUGUACGAGAUGUUGUUUGGUGAAACACCGUUUUAUGCUGACAGUUUGGUCGAUACGUACGGUCAGAUCAUGAAUCACGAGGUGAGGGAAAGUUGCAGAAUUAUGUUUUGAAGAGGGGAAAGUUAUGUCUUUGGCCGCAAAGUUAUGUUUUGAUGGUCAAAAGCUAUGUUUUGUGGGCUAAAGUAUUAUUUUUCGAAAGAAAUUUUAAGAAAAAUGAUGGUUUAAACUAAAAAUCAAUUUAAAAAUGACUUUUUUUAAAAAAAUAUUAUGUUUAUUACCUAAAAAGCUAAAAAUUUUUGGUGAACGUCCUUUAAAUGAGAUGAAAUCUUAAAAAAAGUAUAUAAAAUGUUUAAUUCUCUUAUUUUCAGCAAAUGUUCGAGUUCCCUGAUGAUAUCGAGAUCAGUGAAGCCGCUCGAGACUUAGUGUCAAAGCUGAUUUGUGCACGAGAACGUCGUUUAGGCAAAAAUGGUCUAGAAGACUUUAGAAACCAUCCGUUUUUCGAAGGAAUCGACUGGGAAAACAUCAGAAAUGGUAAGAAUUUUACGUUUUUUGAAAGGAAAAAUGAUUUUUGUAGGAUUUAGAAGUUAUAGAGCAUUUUUCUUUUAAAAAAUUGUUUGGAAAUGGAGUUUUUGGGAUUUAAAAUGAUUUUUUAAAAUUUUUCAAACUCAAAAAAUUCAGUUUAAAAAAAUUAAAAUUUUGAGUUUUAUGAUUUCUAUGUUAAUAUCCACCUUUGCAGCCACAGCCCCGUACGUCCCAGAAGUCUCAUCCGAAACCGAUACCUCCAACUUUGACGAAUUUGAAAACGAUUUCACCCCGGUCAACACUCAACCACCCAAUGUCACAGCCGCCUUCACAGGCCACCACCUACCCUUCGUAGGCUUCACAUACACACACGGUAGUCAGCUAAGUGAUAUGUGCAACCUUGUUGACGCCACAACAUUGGAAAGUGUAGAUAAUGGCAAAAGUGAUAAGCUAGAUCAGCUAGAACGGGAAAGAAACGAUCUCCAAAGACAAAUCUCGGAAGUUUUGGGUGCUACGAAGAAUGACGAAUCAGAAACCAUCAUUGCUCAGCUGAAGGAUGAGAUUCAGAUCCUGAAGAGGCGGCUUGAAGACGAUGCGAACUUGGCCAGGCCAGUUAAGGAUGUUAAUGUAGAAGAGAUGGAAAAGAAGUUAAAGGAGUUGAAGGACAAGAAUCGACAAUUGAUUUUGGAGAAACAGGAUUUGCAAAGGGUAAGGAUUAGAAAAAGUGUGAAGUUUUGGUGGAAUUUGUUUUUAAAGUUUUAAAAAUAGCUUUAAACUUGAAAAAUUUGAGUUUUAGAGCCUAAAAAUGAAGUUUACAGGAAAAUUUAAAAAAUAAUAGUUAAUAAUUUUUUAUAAAAUUUAGGAGCUAGAAGACAAUGCGGAACGCCUAACCACGGUAAUAACAACUCAAUCCGAAUCCGGCCAAGAACUCGAAAAGCUGAAAGCUCAACUAACUCAAACAGAAGAAGCUCUAGAAGAAGAGAAAAACACUCGCUUUCAACUAGAAAACGAGCUAAACCACAUCCAACAAACCUUCAAACAACUUUCUGAACGAACAGAAUCAUUAGAAUCCGAUAAUCAAAAGCUUAAAGCCACGGCAGAAGAAGCCGAACUACGUUCAGAACAACUAGAAAAAGACCUAGAUGCUCAAAAGAUUGCCCUACGUGUAUUACAAACAAAACUAGAUGUAGAAAGCUCAAAGGGAGACGAAGGUGAAGAAGUGAAGCGUCUGAAUCAAGAACUCCAAAAGCUUCAAGAGCAUUCGAACGAGUUGAGAGCGGCCGAAGAGAAGAAACGUGCUGAAAUUGUGGAGAAUUAUCGAAAAGAAGUAGAUGAACUACAUGCGAGACUGAAGAAACAGGCUCAAGAAUACGAAGAAGGACAAUGGAGGUUGGAGCAACAGCAUGGGGAGAGAGUGGAGAAGCUGGAAGGAGGCAUGAACAAGAAGAUCCGAGGCUUGGAAGUUGAGGUUGCUGAGUUGAAGGAGGAGAACGACACAUUGAAGGUCGAGAAUCAGAAUUUGGAACAGAGACUGUAGGUUUUGGGAGGGUUUUACAUGAUGGAGUAGUUAAAGGAACUUUGUUUUAGAAUUAUUUAGCCAAAGAUAAUAUAUUUAUUUUGUAAUUUUCAGUCAAAACACCAUGCCCUCAUACAGCCCAGAAGAGAUGGAAGAGCUUCUCCGAAUGGUCAGCGACGGCCGAGAAUCCCGCGACCAUCUACAAGGCCUAGUCUCUCGACUAGCAGCCGAUGUGGAAUCGCUAGCUCAUCAAUCCAAAUCUCCACAAACUCCGAAUGGCCAAAAACAGAAUCUUUACUCGAAUACACCCUACGGCACGAACGACAAGGCGUGGGGAUCAAGGAGAAUGACAAAACAGGCUAAAUAUGGCAGAUUUGAAGCUCAACAACAGCUUGAAGCCGAAAUACGAGCGAAACAACAGGUUCAGGAGGACUUGAGGAAGAUGAGGACAAAGUACGAUGAAAUGGAGAAGAAUUUCCACAUGACUAGGAGGAGGGUAAGGUUUGGUUUUUGGCUUUGUAAUGAAUGUUUACUGUUUUUAAUGACAAAUGCUGUAACGAAAGUUUGUGCAAUUUAAAAAUAUUGUUACAGGUGGCAGAACUCGAGCGCUACGAAAGUGAAUGUCAGGUUCUGCGGGAGCGACAGAAUUAUGAAAUGUCACCUACCAGUAAUCAUCUGAUGAAUCCUUCAUUCUUCAACACAAUGAAUCAAAAUGAACUUGGUCCUGCCUAUGGGUCUUUCAGUAGGUUUAUUUCUAUGUUGUGUACUAAAUGUAAUUGUGUUAUAUAUAAGUAACGUUACUAUCGGAGACCUCGCUACUUCUAAAUUUUAUUUUUAAAUCAAAAUGGACAAAGUUUUGGUCACCUGACAAAGAUAUUGAGAUUUUGCGAAUUUUCUUGAUAUCUUUGAGACCUAAUGGUUUUUGGUAGUUUUAUUGAAAUUUGAAAUCAUUUUUUUAAUUUUAUUUUUUAAAAUUUUUUAACUUUCAGAAACCCCAUCCGAACGUCGUCUGAUCUCCGAGUACGAAAGCCCCGUCCAACGCAACCUGAACUACAUGCAAAGGUCUGUUAGUUUGACAACUUGACACUUUUGUUGGCUUUUGCACCUUUUUCGUUGUUUUUUUGUUUUGUUUACGCUUUCACUUUUGUUUAUGUUUCACAUUGUUUUGACUUACUUUUUUACGUUAGCACUUGAUUUCGGUACAGUAUGGUAAAUUGGUUAAGAGGAACUAGGUGUAGUUGGCCAUGAAAGGGCUCAGAAGAGGGUUAUUUUGGCCUUUUUUGGUUUUUAGGUAGUUCUUUGACUUAUAUAGGCUUAGAGACUGGUUAGGCAUAUAUCGGCUUACAGGCUGGUUUGGCCUAGAUCAACCUAGUGCUGGAGAAAAAACUGGCUGGGAAUAAAAUUCAGGGUGGGCUUGAAAACCUAAAGGUAGUCUAACUAAACAUCUUGUUUUGGACUGUAAUGUAGUGGCAAAGGUUUAAGCUAAUUGGAGAAAAACCCGGCUCGGUCAUAAGUUAGAUUUGGCCAGGCCAUCACUUAGGUUUGGUUAGGCCAUAUGUUAGGCUUAUUCAGGCUAUAAGUUAGACUUGGUCAGGCUAUAAGAUAAGCUUGGUCAGACCAGACAUUCUAGGCUUGGAUGGUCAGAAUAAAGGUGUUUUUUCAAAUCCAAUAGAAUUUUAAUAAAACUUUAGUGAAGUUAGGUUAAAACUCAGAUUUUUUUGAAUUUAUGAAAAUUUAAUAAAAUUAAAAAGCAAGUUUUAGAAUUAAAUAUGGGUGGAAGUUGUCAUUAUUAGUGGUAGAAUUGUCUUAGUAUAUUGUAGAUCUUAAAAAUAGUUGUUAUGAGCUCAAUCGUUGUACAUAUUAUUCACUUUGCUCAGACUUUGCAUAUCUUUUAUCUCACUUGAAUGUUACAAAUUUCACAAUUUACGGUUAUGUUGUUUUCUAGUUUUCGAAAAAGUUUUUUUUAUUAUUUGAAGGUUUUUUUAAAUUCGAAUUUAUAGAAGUUUUGUGUGAAGCAAAAAGAAUGGCGCGUUUUGAUCCUUUGUGGUCAUUAGAAGUUAUUCAAUUUGCUUUAGUGUACUAGACUGUCUUUGGAAAUUCAUUUUUUUUAAAUUUUUUUUGAAAGGUUUAAAGCUUUAGGGCUAGUAUUUUAGCAAAAGUUGAAAAAUUUUAAAUUUUGAAAGCAUAUCACAAAACUUUGAGCUCUUAAAAAUGUCUUUUACCGCUAUAGUCGUCUGGUCCUACUUUUUAACAUUUAUUUUUGUGAUUUUAUUGUGAAUAAACACAUGUUUUACACCUCACUUUGUCUUUUUUUUGCUUUGUUUUGCAAUUUUACAAGUAGUUUUGGCAAUGAAAUAAUCUUCAUUUCGACUACAUAACUUAUAGUAGAGGUAAAGGUGUUGUAAUAUAGCAUAAAAUUCGAAAUUUGAAAUGGUUUGGGUAUUUUCGUUGGGUGUUUUAGUUAGGAAAAUAAAUUGUACUUUAUUUUAAAAAACUGAGUUGGGCUAUGCACGAGUGAAAUUUGUUUGUUUUUACAAUUUAUGUUAGUUACCGAAGUUGUUAUAGGUAUGUAGUAUAAUAAAAACUAAGGAGAACGUAUUUUAUGUUAACUGCAGCUAAAGUAUUACUUGGUUUGCUUUAUUUUUUUGCACUUUGUUCACUAUAUUAUAGUAUGAACAAAGUAUUGUUGUUUCAUAACGUGAGAACCUUUGUCUAUGUACGGCAAGACUUUUUUACCUUUUACUAAAUACAAAACUCUUCGCUUAAAUCUAAAAAAAUUAAAUUGAACUUCUUUUUUUCAGUAAUCCAUCCUACGAGAACACUUUUUCAUCAGCAAGUCCGUUGGCUUCAUUCUAUGCCGCUUCAACUCCAGAACCUCAACAUCGGCCGAAAGCUCAUCCCAAGUCAGUGCAAAGUAUUAACAAUGCUUUGAAUGGAAAAGGCCAUAAAUUUGCAUAUGCUGUGUUGAGAGGACCGACCAAAUGUGGCUAUUGUUCUUCAAUUUUGGUUGGUCUGGACCGGCAGGGUAAGGGGGAAGGGGUUGCGUUAAAAGGUAAGGUAGGGUAGGAUAAAGUAUUAUAGGGUACGGUAGGGUAAUAUCCUAUGGUAGGAUAAAGUAUGGCAGGCUAAAAGACUGGUUCAGUAGAAUUUUAAAAAUUUUUCGUUUUUUUGAAAAUUUUAAAAAAGUUUUUUAAUGUCUUAUAGUAAGAUAUAAGCGUUUGUUGUUACUGUGAAUCAUUAGGGAACGUCUCAAUAGAUAUUCAAGCAGAUUAAACCACGAUUUUGAGGCUUUAUUUUUGCGUCUCGAGGCGUUUUUAGUCAAUUUUUUUAUAAAUUUUUUUUUCGAUAUUAGUAUAGGUUUUAUGGGGUAAAAUAUUACUUAAAGUAAUAUUUUUAAGUAUAUUUUGGUGAAUUUUAAGGUAAAAUACGAGUUUACAUAUUUGUUUAAUAAAUAUGAUGUCUGAACUUAAACAUAAACAUAAUACUUUCAGGAAUGAUAUGCCAAGACUGUCACAUCCCUUGCCACGUGAACUGUGUUUCCAAAAUCCCCAACGAUUGUCCGAUAGCUGAAAAAGACCGCCGACCAUUAGGUAUCGAUCCCCAAAAGGGCAAAGGAACGGCCUAUGAAGGCUUCGUCAAGACUCCGAAGCCGGCUGGCAUCAAGAAAGGCUGGCUCACGACCUAUGUCGUAGUGUGCGACUUCAAGUUGUUCUUGUACGAUUGUGUCUGUGACAAGCAUGGCAAAGCCGUCCAAGUCGAGACCAACAUCCGCCAAGUCUUCGACAUGAAGGACCCCGAGUUCAGGGUGGAUAAGGUUACGGAGAACGAUGCGAUCCACGCCUCAAAAUCGGAGCUGCCAAGGAUAUUUAAAGUGACCUGUUCACAAGUUUGUGGCCCUCCAAAUGGCAGUGACACGAUGGGAUCUCAGUCUUCGAACUCAUCUACUUCAUCUCCUCAAAGCCCGUUACGACAAUAUGCUCUACUGAUGGCUGAUACUAAGGAGGAAGCUUACAAAUGGACUAUAGCUUUGUGUGAACUAAAGGCUAUGUCGACAAAGACGAAUCUGGAAGUAAAGACGGCUUAUGGAGUGAAGGAGCUAGUUGAUAUGACAGCUUUGCCAAUGUUAAAGACUGCUCAUUGUGGGGCAUUGAUUGAUAAUCAACGAUUUGUGGUUGGCUUCCAGGAUUGUGGACUAAUGUGUGUGGAGCUGGAGAAAGAGGUAAGGGAAAUGUUGAGAAUGUUACUUCUUUUUAAAAAAUGAAUUGAAAUUGAAAACUUGAAUUUGAUUUGAAAAAAGUUAUGUUUUUGGAUAAAUGGUACUGGAGUUUAAAGAAUAGUACUGUUUUCUAUAAUAGAGCGCUAAUUUGUAAAAGAGUACUAUUUUUUCAUACGAUUGCACUUUAUAUUGAAAAGUAGUGCAACGUGUGGUAAAGAGUACUAUUUACUAAAAAACGGUACUAUAAUAUAUUUGGAAGAACAUUACUAUACUUUAAAAAAUAAUGUUAUGUACGAAAAGUUAGUACUAGGUUUUGAAAGACGAUACUAAAUCCGAAAAAAGUACCAUUUUUUUAAAGUUGUACUUUCUUUUGAAAGAGUACUAUUUUUAAGACAUGGUACAAUUUUUUGGAAAAAAUACUUUUUUUUAAAUUGUACUUCAAAAAGACUAUUAUUAAAAUAAUCCUGUACCUCAUGACCCUAAAAAUUUGCUUUGAAAGAGAUGGAACGAAAUUAGUUGAACAACUUAAUAUUUCUUGACAGUGUUCUUAUUUGAAAAACAUCACCGUUAUUUAAAAAAGGGUGUCGCAUUAAAAAAAACAGUCCCACAGUUGAAAAGCAACACUAUUUUUCACGGAAAUUAUUAAUUUUAUUUAAAAAAAUUUUUUAUAAAUCCAAAAAAUUUUACUGUUUAACUCAUAUUCUUCAGACAAUAACCCCAGUCGGCGGAGAAAAAGAGAACAACAAGCGAUUUGUCGAAAAAGUAGAGUACGACCAAGAAGAACAACUUCUGGUAGCAAUCGUUGGCAAUCAAAAGGAUCGUCACGUCCGUCUGAUUCCAACGGCCGCUCUGGACGGCCGAGAACUGAAAUGGAUCAAAGUGGCAGACACGAAAGGCUGUCAUCUAAUCUGUGUUGGCAGUGGUGCCAAAGGCCAACAACGAACCGAACCAUCAGCCAAUGGUGCUCCAGUCCCAACCCAAGUACCAAACCAAUCAGCUCCACAUUACUUUGCUGUGGCUGUUCAGAAGAGUGUGAUUGUUUAUGAAAUCAAUAGGCUGGAGAAGAGACAUCACAGGCUGAGGGACUUUGCCAUGCCCGCUUUGCCACAGACGAUGAGAAUCAUUGGAGGAAGGCUUUAUGUUGGGUAUAUGAGUGGAUUCAGGGUCUGGGACUUGUUGGACAACUCACAGACUUGUAGGUUUACUGUUUGAAAUUUCUGGGUAGGGUAGAGUAGUGUAUGAUCGGUUAUUAUAAUCUAUGAUAAUGUAAAAUGCGAGUCUAUUUUAUAAAUUUCAGCUCUAGUAAACCUAGAAGACGGUUCCCUUCAGUUCCUCAACAAAACUCUAUACGAUGCUCGUCUCCUAGUCCCAGUAGACGAUUCAGACUUACCAUCUCAAUACCUUCUCGUAUUCAAUAAUAUGGCAGUCUACGUGGACGCCUACGGUCAUCGUUCAGCGCCUCAGGAGAUAAUGUUCCCAUGUAAAGUGGGAGAGAAUGGAUUCGCUUACCAUGCUCCGUAUCUUUGUUUGUACUCUGAGUAUGAGAUUGACGUUUUCCAUGUACCAAGCGGUGAAUGGGUACAGACGAUCAACUUGAGGAAGGCACGACCAUUGAGUGGAGAUGGACUGCUGAGUUUGUGUUAUGUGAAUGACAUGCCUUAUCUGAUCUAUUUGAGUAGCCUUCUUGAAGGUAUGUACUAUAUUUUGAAAAGUAUUACUAUAUUGUGAAAAAUGGUACUAAAUUUUGAAAAUUAGCACUAUUAAGGACUAAAAUUUUUAAAAAUUAAAAUUUUUUUAUAUUUGAAAAUUGAAUUUUAGCUCCAGAAUCGCAACUCUACGUCCCACCAACCUGUCAAUCCACGAUAACAUCAGCCAAGGGCGUGCAAAAACGGCGGCGAAAGUUUUCGGUUCGAACGGCCAGAGACGACUCACAAAGUCGAAGCGAUCGAAGAUCCGCUCUCCCAAUCUCAGGGCCUUCAGGCUUCGUCCACGUGGUACACAUGGGACCGGGAAGUGUGCACGAUCUUCAGAACCAUCUCAUGGAUCUGAGAAGCCCGAACUCAACGAAUAAUACCGGGAAUACUAGUGGCUAUAGCUCGGAAAAGGUAGGGUAAUAUAGGUUUUGGAAAGCAUUUUUGGGAUUUUUCAAAAUUUUGAAAUAAAAAACUUUUUUUGAAAUACAGUGGAACUCCUGUAUAACGAAUCGCUCGGGGACUUGAAAUUUGUUCGUUAUAAAGGAGUUUCGUUAUACAGGAGUUUUAAAUGCACUGUGCAGUGGUAGACGGGAAUUUAAAAGUUGUUCGUUAUACGAGAGUUUCGUUAUAGAGGAGUUCGUUAUACAGGAGUUCCACUGUAUUUGAUUUAUUUUUUUUUAAUUUUUGCUUUUAAUCAAGGUAUAAUAGGAAAUAUAUUUUUUUCGAAUAUUUGAUUUUGAAUGCAAUUUUUUUGUUUUGUUCGAUAUUGUAGUAGAGGUCAAUAUUGUGAUAGUGGUUGAUUGAUAUCGUGAAAUAUAGUGGUAGUUUGAGCUUUUUGUUGUUAUAGGAAGGUAAAAUGUAGUACGAUAAAUAUAUACGGCUUGAAACUUAAUUUUAUUUAUGAAGUAUCAGCUGAUAAAUAAGUUUUGUCGUCAUUUCACUAUGUUUUGCAUGGCAAUGUACGACAAAACUUUUUUAAAACGUUUUUAUGUGGGGCCUUGACCAAAAGAUAUAUUAGGUUGUGAAAAUAAUUCUGAGCCACUACUAAAAGCUAAGUUUUGCGGUCAAGGGGGCUCAGAAUUAUUUGAACAAUCUAAUAUUUUACUUUUUUAAAGUUUUUUGGUUUUUUUAGUAGUUUUUGAUUAUUUUUGGGUAUUUAAAAUAAUUAAAUAUUUUUUUUCAAUGAAUUUUGAAUCUAUCUCUAAUUUAAUCACCUAACCCUUCAAACACUUAAUUUUUCCGAACUAACUGGGUUUUCUUAUUUGGUGUUUUAGACGCGCUACCCCAACAUUCAGGCCGUCCAACGGUCGGCUAGUGCUUCAGCUUCAUCACAACACGGUCUGGGAGCGGUGCUUCAUCAAGGCUAUCAUCACAGCCUACAACAACAACGCCCGUUGAGUUCACAUAGCCGAAACUCGGAUGGUAAGCUGUAACUCUGUCGUUUUGUAUGGUAACUUUGUUCAUAUAGUAAUUUUAAAGUUCUAUUAUAUAAUACUGAUUAGUACUAGUACAUAGUACUUUUUAGUACAGUAUUAUAGUGUUUUAUAAUGCUAUGGUAUUUACAGCUUUAUAAAAUAGUGCUUUAUAGUACCAUAAUCUAGUAUUAUCAUGUAGUACGAUAAAACUGCUUUACAAAGUACUAUAAUUUAAUACUACGCAGUAUUUAUAUGUUGCUUUAUAUGUUGGUGAUUGGGUGUGGUAGUUGGCUUUUUCUAUGGCGAUGGUGUUUCUUUAAGUUCUAGUUUUUUAAAAAUUUUUGUGAAAAUUUGAAAAAAAAAUUUUUGUUAUACUGUUUACUUUACCCGGUCUGUGUUAAUUUAGGGCCGGACUGGGCCUAGUAAGCCCUCUUUCAGAUCGGAUUGCUUUUGAUAUUUUCUUGGUUGAGUAUGAUGUUGUUGUAAUGGUUUUUGCUUUCUUUUUUAGUUUUAUUUAAAAAUUUGAACUGUGAAUAAAAAAAAUUUUUUGGAAUUUUGAAGGUCAUUUAUUAUAAAAUAAAAAAAUUUAAAUUUUAAAACAAUAACAAAUGUAACAAAGUUUGACUGAAGUUGAUUAACACUGCUUUCAGGAUCAUCAUUAGGCAAAGACUCGAGGUAUCGAGACUCAUCGCUGUCACAAUCCAACAUUACAGUAUCUUCAAGCACAAUAGGACUCAAUGAUUCUAUGGACAGUUACUAUUUGGUGAGUUCAUGAUGUCUGACACUUGAGGUCAAUAAUUAAGUAUUGAAUGGGUUAGGUUGUUCAACUAAUUCUGUGCUUUCUAUCAAGGCAAAUUUUUGGGGUUAAAGGGUACAGAAUUAGUUGAACAACCUAAUAGUACUAACUUUUUUCAUUUUUUGAAGUUUUUUUUAGUUUUUUUAAAAAAUAUUGGUAAAUGUUUGUAUAGUAAUGUGAAUGUACUGUAAUAUUGUGAAUUGUUACGGUAUUUUCAAAGUUUUUAAAAUUGUGAAAUGUUUUGUUUUGUCUAUGUUAAUAUCGUACCAGUUUAUUCGGAAUCCGUAUUUUACAUUGAUUAUCAUUUUUUAAUUAAAAAAAAUUUCUUUUGAAACCUUAAAACCUAACCAAUUUAAACCAACAACCCUCAUUCCAGGAACCGAUCUCUUCAACAAGGUCGGCCAACUCGUCCACCCCGAACGCCUUAAAACCGCUGCAACAGCCACCACCCCCACCGCCGCCCAGUCAAGCCCCACCCCCGGUACCAGUCGCUACCACAGUCUCCUGCGACCGCCAUGGCGCAAACCCAAGCCGAAUCAUCCCCACCGAAUAA